CCCGCCGCGCCUGGGGACCCCCGGCCUGGCCGGCGAAGCGGGGCAGAAGCAGCCGCCGGCCCGGGAGCGCCAAGCGGGGUGAAACCAAUGGAGGAGGAAAAGGAAGGCAGUGAGCAAAAAGAUCACAUCCCCCCGGAAGAUGAGAGCAGCAGUACAGAGGAAUGGCUCCCAGAGGACGAGGAAAAAGAGAAAGAAAGCAAGCAUGUCAUCAAAAAUAUCCCGUGGACUACAGCUAAGAACUUCACAGUGGAGAUAGGACAGCAGCAAAUUGAAGAACUGAUUUCUACAUGGGACAUUCAUGAAAGCUGGCUUCACCACUCAGAAUUUCUCGAGGAAGAAGAACUGAAGGACAGCAAGAGGUACCAUUACAGAGCUUGCUGGGGCCUCCCGACACGCAGAAAACCCAUCCCAAGAGCAACAGCGAGUGUCUACUUCGUUAUAGUGAUCUCCAAACUCAAACCUGACACUGCACCUGUGGAGGUGUUCUACAGACUGGAGUCCAGCAGGCUGAUUCGGAGGCCAGAACAGUGUGAGUUUAGAGAAAAGUGGCUUCAUGACAUAAUUGAAAAUAAAGUACUGUGUGCAGAAAGACUUGCUUCCCGAUGAGCAGCUCCAAUUCACCAUUACUAGUCCUCUCUUGUGGAGAACCAAAUAAACAUGAUGGAAAAAAAAAAACCUCUUCCUUAGCAGUAUUUCUACUUUGUGGAUAGAUAAGAAGCAUUGAACCUGUGCAAAAUCAUCUCUGCCCUGCCAUGGCAGCUGGCUGUGUGUGACAGUCCCUGGCAGGUGGGGACAGCAGGAUGGAACCAGGCUCCAGAGUGUAAAUAGGAAGAGGUAGCUGGGCAGGAUUUGCUGUUUGUGAUUGCCAGGUUUAUGGAACUCCAGGGAAAACAUUAUAGGACUUUAGGACUUUUAUUUUCCUCAUAUAAAUAUACAAGACAUCUCUGUUGCUAGACUUAGAGGAAAAAAAUAAAUUAGAACAGAAAAGAAACAACCCAUCUCUCAAAACCAUUUUGUUUUAAAAACAUUUGAGAAAAAGAAGUUCUAGGAGAGAUGUUUGGAAAUAUGCAGUUGAAUCAAAGAUAACCACCACAUAAGCACUGCCUGAGCAAAGCCUCCAAGCACAGAGUUUAAAGCAAGCCAUGUAAUACUGCUGAAACAGACCAAAGUAAAAUACUACAGGAGUUAAAACAAGGGUUUAGUCUAGAAUACUUCCAUAAAUGAAAACAUUUCAAAUAAAUUGAAAGAUACAUCCUUGUUCCCACCUGUGUACAUCCAGGGGUUCCAAUCACUGCACCCCAGUGCACUGAUGCCUAUGUAUAACAUAGGAGGAAAAGAAGCAAGCAGCUCAGUUCUUCACCACGUGCUUCAGUGAUUGAAUAUCAGAGCCUCCUACUACUGCUGCUUUACACCUCAGUUGCCAUCUGCUUGCUCUAAAGUAACUGAAGCCCAUCUGUAUUAAAUUACAAAUGAAAUUUACAAAUAUGUACAUGUCUGGUUUGAAUCACAAACCAAACUCAACUGUUUUGAGGAAAAACCUAAAUUUAAAAGACUUGUGAAAAAAUAGUGGACUGUUCUGGAUCUUAAAACAGGAACUCAGGAGUUCCUUCAUUUUUGCUACUGGUGCUAGUAGCUUGUUAAAGGUCCUUCCCAAGCUAAAUGAUCCUAUGAUUAAUAAAAAUAAAUGGAAUAAAAAAAUCACA